AUGGGCAGAGCCACCGCCGUGCUUUCCUACACACUUUCCCGCGUGGCCUUCGUCGCCACCCACGUGGUGUUCGCCUACUGGCUCAACUACCUCCUCAACGACCCGCUCAACCUCGGCCUUGUCACCCUCGACGCCAAGCCGCCUCUCCCUGCGGGCCAGUGCGAGCACUUCGUAGUGGGCAAUGCGGUGAGCAACCUCCUCUGGUUCGCCCUGUGGUGGGGCACCCACUCCAUCCUGGCCCGCAAGGCGGUCAAGCAGGCCCUCGGCCUGUGGGAGCACCCGCUUGAGCGGCCCCUCUUCGCCACCGUCGCCUGGGUGGCCUGGGGCCUCAACGUCCACACCUGGCGGCCGGUCGACACCUGCGCAGCCCCGUGGGACCCGCUGGCCGUGUCGCCCUACGUGUGGGCCGCUUCGGGCGCCGUGUUCGCCGCCGGCGUGGUGCUCAUCGUCGGCCUGCUCUGGUCGCUCCCCGACCACGUCUUUGGCACGGCUCGCUACCAAUACGACCAAGGCAAGCGGCCACAUGGUGACUUGAUCCUGAGGUUCCCGUACGGGUUGGUGAGACACCCGGCCGCGGCUGGCUUCCUGUGGUGCUACGCGGUGCUGCCGGCGUGGACCGUCAACCACCUCUUCCUGGCCGGGCUGUGGAUCACCUUCAUCGUGGUGGCCACCGGGUUAGAGGAGGGCGGCCUCAAGGGCGACGACGAGUUCGGGCAGCGGUACGAGGCCUACCGACGCAGCGUGGCGGCCUUCCACCCGUCGUGGGCCGCGCUCAAGAACAUCUUGGGCAUCGCGCCGCUCAAGAUUGUCGGAAGUAGCGGCAGCAAGAAGAAGAAAUCGAAUGGAGCGGCGAAGGAGAAGGAGGAGAGCGCAAGCAGCAAGAAGAAGAAGCAACCCUGA